CCCAAGUUGAGUUGAGUGUCUGCGCUGCUGCGGUGAGGAGACAGAGGAGGAGAGGAGGAGAAAGUGGCUCAUCUGUCUGCUGUGAGAGAGACGCUUCACCUUCCACCUUCUCUCCUUUGAAAACAAAAGAAAAAACAUUUAAGAUACUUUUAAACGAACCCUUGAGGGGAAAAAAGUGGUGGGACUGGAUCAGGACGGUUCGACAGGAGAUCUGGAUGUAAGAGAGGAGGGAGGGUUUCUGAUCUGAGUCUCUUUGGACAUGAAUGAAGCCGCGGACGUGAAGGAAGGAGAAGGAAAGUGAUUGAAGAGGAGGGAUGCUGUCCAGAGGAGUGAUUUCAUCUGGUUUUAUUGGUUUCUUUUAGGGAGUUGAUCAAAGCGCAGCACCUUUAAUCUAAUUUGCAGCAUCCACCACACCUCAGCUGGAGAUCAGCCUCUUCAGUCAGCCCCAGCUCGAAUUAUUUAGUUUAGUAAAAACUUGCAUUCACGUGUAUUAUGGAAUGUCAUUUGUCUUGUGAGAAAUUUUAAAUCGGCUUUGCAAGUGUACAUUUUUCUGAUCUUCCCAUAAGUGAGAGCUGAACAUGGCCAUCAACACGGACACCGACUUCCUGAAGUCCAACUUGGGUGAGGGCGGAGGUGGAGGCGCCCAGCCGGACUUCCAGGAGACGGAGAAACUCCUGGCGGUGACCACCGAGCCCGGAGGCAACGGGAUGAAGAUGUCCACCUCCUUCACGGUCAACAUGGGCGGAGACAAGGGCCCGGAGGCCGACCAGAACGGCCACAGCGUCGCUUUGAGGUCGGGCUCUGCCGGGCAGCUGGCCGCCGCCGCCGCCCUGUCCCCCUCCAAGGCCAGCCUGAGCCGCUCCUCCACCGGGAACGCCACCGUGCAGGAGACUCCGAAGCCCAAGGAUUACCUCAUCCUGGUCAUCCUGUCCUGCUUCUGCCCCAUCUGGCCCGUCAGCAUCGUGGCACUGGUGUACUCCAUCAUGUCCAGAAACAGUCUCCAGGCGGGGGACAUGGAUGGGGCCAAGAGGCUCGGUCGACUGGCUCGCCUGCUCAGUAUCGUCGCCAUGGUGCUGGGUGUGGUCGUCAUCAUAGUUUUCGUCUCGGUUUCAGUAACUUAGUGACAUGGAGGACCUGAGAAAAAAUGAAAGCCAAACCACAGAUGCAGCAAGGGGAGAAGAAAAGCCCGUUCCAAAAAACAUAAAUGAAAUAUGAUCCAUAACUUUUAUGCCAUAUUGUAACUACACCAUGACCACCAUCAGAAAGCAGAAAAAAUAGGCAACUUGUGAAAGUAGGUCUUGCAACAAGUAAACAAAUGAAAAAAAAUCAUUCAGAGAUGCAUGCAUUAGAUUCCAGUAACAAUUGCUUGACAUAAAUAAUGAAAAUCCUGACGUAAAUUGCUCGGGUUAAAACAGAGGAAAAAGAAAAUGCAGAUUGUGUGUGUGUGGUCAGAGGGAAUCCAAACUCUUUUUGGAAUAUGGACUUCUUAUACUGAAGAGGAUUGUCUGAGGAGAGAGGGAAUGAUGGACUGUUUUAUGUCUGGGAUGGGACUCCUUUGAAACACAAAUUCUGGGUUUGGUCUUCAAAUUUUGGACAGCUGCGUAUAAUCUUCAUGUAUUCCUUAAUGAACCUCCUGCAUUCAAAACAUAUACAGCUACAAAUAUAUUUGAAAUAUGGAUAUAUGAAUAUAUAUAUAGAAACAUUGUAUAUGUACAUUUUCUAAAAUGUUUGUAUGCCAAGCGGUGCUGGGUUUGUUAAGACUGUCACAAUGGCUGCUUUGUCAGUACUUGGAUUAUCAGUGGAAAUUCAAGGGUUUGUGGAAGGGGUCAGGGAACACAAUUUUUAAUUUUUGUUAAUUAUUAUAAUUUUUCAAGUAAAAAAAAAAAAUUGAGACCAACUGCAUGCCUGAAUGUAGAUAACCAAACCUCUGCCUUUAUUUUGACUGUUACUGGUUGUUUCUUAUCUUAUUAAGGAGGCUAACAGAUUUGCACAUGUAAGACUGAUUUGUGUAAAUUAUGUGAGUCCAGAAUGUAUGAGGACUGUGACACGACCCAAAACAUCUCUGAACCUUUGCCUUGCUCUGGCAGAGACUGAAAGGCAUGCCAAAUCCUCUGCCAUCCCAAAUUCACAUCCUCUAUUUCUUUAACACACACUAUGUGACUGCUGCCCCUCAGUCCUGUCUCUGUCACUUCAUCUUUUACUCUUAAACUCCAUUUUACAUUUCACAUUUACCACCUUUCUACACUGUAGCUCUCCAUUUGCCAUUCCUACAUUGUUAUACAUUGACUGUUAAAUGCCAUUGUUUCACUGAAUGUUCUUUUCUGCUCCUUGUAUUGGUAUGAAAUAUAUUUAUAUGGGAAAAUAUAUAUGCAAUAUGUACGCAUGCUAUGAGCCUAACAGGCUGACACACACUUAUGUUUUUUGUAAAACGAGGAGGUCUGUGACUUUGACUGAGCAACUACAAAUAGCAUUUAAAGAAGCUUUCCUUAAAAUCCAAGCACGGUAGAUUGUCUGUAUUCAUAACUCUAUCAGAGAGAACUCACUGUAAAAAGUCCCUCUGAGGACACACAGGACUGUUGUAUUGACAUAUAACAGGCUUAUGCUCCAAGCACUGAUAAAAUCACUGUUGCAUUAUUCAGAUCUUCAGCUUCUUUGGGCAUUAAUGUUUCUUUUUUCUUUACCCUGUGCAAAUUUAAAUCAGGAAACAUUUGGACAUAAAUGGAUAAAAAAAAUGAUGCCUUUUGUUGAGUUCCAGUGGUUGUCUAAGGGCUCAUACAAGUCAAACACCAGCUAGACUAUGCAGCUAAUGUGACUCUAAAGUGAACCUCAUCAGUGUGAAGCUGUCAAACAUUAAUACAAAACAGCACAAUGAUUUGUGCUAAAUGGGCCUUUUAUCGAUUCCAUUCCAAAUCAUAGUUGUACAUAAAAAGAUCACUUUAUCCAAACAUCUAAAAGCAGCAAAAAUCCAAAGAUUCCCCAUGUGUUCUUUCCUACAUGCCAAUUUUUCCAUCUCUGAAACUGGUGGUUCAGGAGCCCACUGUCUAGCCUAAGCACUGCUCUGUCAGUAAAACAGUUCAAACGUUCAUUUCAUUUUCAAAAUAUUACUGUUUCUUUUCCAGUAUACUGUAUGUGCCAGUUCUCAUCUCUGUGGUGUACAUUUUUGCAUGUCAGGAAUAAACGUUACCAUGCAUGGUC